AUGUUCGCUUCUUCGCAUGACCCCGACGAGUUAACUGUCGAUUUGGGAAUCUAUUGCGAGGGUGAUGACGACGAAUCAUAUCAACACCCCGAAAGAAUGUACUAUAUUUUUGAGAUCAAAAUCUCAUAUGAACAACCGGAAGAUCUGAUUGAGGCCACUUUCAACACAAUCAAUCAACAACCGCAUUUCUGCUGCAAAGUUGGCAAUCAAGUGUUUGACGGAUUGUCGGAAAAACAAUUCAAGAAUCUUUUCAAAGAGCUCGACAUCGGCUCCGAAUUCACCAAAAUCCAACAAUUCUAUCCGAUUUUUGCUCUUUUUAGUCAAAUGACAGUAAAGAAGGAACUCAGUCUUCAACUCAAGUCCGGUUUUAGUCAAACGACAACUGCGAGAAAUGGGCUGGAUUUUGUGGAACGGAUUAGUCCAAUGAUUACGAAUUGUGAACGUGUGACUGUUUACGGUGAAUGCAAUCACGAUCCGAUUUUCGAUCAAGCUUGUCAACAAGCACAAAUGGAAAUUCAAGAGCCAACCGUCGAAAUCUCGAGAAAAGUUCAUGAUCUCGACAAAACGAACAAGAUGCGAUUCUUUAUUCUUCUCGGUCUCUUGCUCGUUUUCCUCCUUGGGCUCAUUUUGUGUUUGAUUCUACUGUUUAUCUUUCAUCGAGACACCGUUGAUUUAAAUGGCAGACUGGCUACAAAAGUUGAUGAAAUAAAUACGACCCUCAAAAACUAUACUCGACGCCCGUGUGAGCCGCAUUGGAAACAAAUGGGCGACUUCUGCUAUUAUGUUUCCUGGUCCGAAGUCUUGCACACAAACGCCGAAUCGGAGUGCAAAAAGAUGAACAGCCAUCUCGCAUCAAUCCACAACGACGACGAGAAUCAUUUCAUUUACAUGCUGCUGAAAAAGUACGAUUUGCUCGGGAUCAUUGGACUCGUGCGAACGAAUGGAUCAGGUGAUCACAGUAAUGGGACGUGGAAAUGGACCGAUGGAAGCGAUACUCACUACUCGAAUUGGAAAUAUUUCAGCCCUGAGCAGCUUGCGUUAAAAGACUGGGUGAUGAUGAAUUCUGAAGACGGACGGUGGUCGAAUUUCUCUCCCGAAUUUCUGCAUCCAAUCUGCAAGAAACAGGCUUUUAUCACAAAAAGUUUAACU